GAGUUAUGGCUUUUACGAUUACCAGCAAUCAUAAAAAGUUUUCUCUUAGGUUCCAUGAUAUUUUUUCUAAGAAAAGUAAUUAAAAUGUUUGAAGUUUGAAUAAAAUUGAUUUUAAGAACUGUUUGGUAUUUAAGUUUAACAGAUAUAUGCAAUAUAUUUUCUACAAUCAUUUUAAAGUUUCGAAAAAUCCAUUUAAGUGAUGAAAACAUACUUCUAAAUAACCUCCAACUGUCGCCAUGUUCUCCAAACUGGGUUAAGUGAAGUUUCUGCAUUGCAAAAGAUUACUAUAUAAGAAUGUGCCUGGGCACUUAUGAACUUUGGGGCUCUUCUCGCUAAAUUGACAUCGCAUACGCAACCCAGGCCAGCCAAUUAAAGACUCUACGUGACCUCCACUCAAAAAAAAAAAAAGAAAAAUGAGAAACAAAACUAAAGAUAAAGGCCGAGUAACCAGCCCUGCCAUGUUGAGCUUUCCACGCUGCCACUCUUUUUGUGUGCGAGAUACGCGGUAUGUGCAGCUAAUUGACCAGCCCCAGACGAUGAUGCACUUCAUCAAAAAAAUCCAAAAAAAAAAUAUGCCAAAAAAGCAGAAGCAGCAACCCGAAAUGACAAAAAACCCAAAAAAAGAGCGAGCGAGUGAGUGAGACUUACUCAAGUGGCGGGGCAUUACGUCAACGUCAACUCAAUUUGGCGGACAACAGCAGCAUGGGGCAGAGAGUCUACACAUGGGAAUCCAGAGGAUGGAGAUCGGGGACUUGGAGGAGCCAGACUACGGGUCAAGUGCUGACGCAUCAGCCAAAUCCAUUGAAGUGCACCAAAACAUAUAAAUGCUUGAAAAAUAUAAUGAGCGGAGUGGAUGCUGUGAUGUUGUUGGCAGCAUCAUUAAGACCGAUCAUCUGUCAGGCAGUUCGAAUAUGAAUGAGAUUUGAGCUUGGCUUUAGCCUCGCCAUUGUUUAGCAUUCAAUGAAAUUAUAACUUUAUGGUUUUGUUAAAAAUAAUAAGUGUUUUAAGGUUAUAAUUCAAACAUAAAGAAACAUGAACUCUGGGAACUAUCUUGAAGUCGAAAACUUUAAAUAUUUUGAACUUGUCUGUAAACCAGUCAAAAAAAUCAUUUAAAAAUGUAAUUUUACUAUCUGCUUGAUCUUUAAAAUUUCACAAUCCUCUAUAAAGAAAUGAAUUCUAAAAAAAAUACGCCUAAUUUUCACAUCAAUUAACAAUUAGCCAGACAUUUUAUACUUACGCUUAAGCUGUAACUAAUGGCCAUAGUAAAACUUCUUUGAAGUUUCGAGUCAAUCGACUACCAGAUUUCUACCAAGUACUCAUUAUUUGCUACUUCUAUAAGAAUAUUUUAUUGCUCAUAUCGAAUAACCAAUAAUCGAACGUUUUUUUAUGAAGAUACCAGCUCCUAGGAACUUAACACCCGCUUUAUGUGGUCUUCAAAAAGUCAAACGACGGUGUGGGCGUCUUUAGCUGGUCAUAGAGACCCCGGCGAAGAUGUCUUCAUCACAAUUGGUGUUGGUCUUGCUGGCGGCAUCAAUAGUUGGCUUUAUGGCUUUUCAUGUUGACCAUAAAGCAUACUGUUAUCUAGCUUUUUGUGGAACAGGGAGAAGGAUAUUUUAUUUUAUGAUUAGCUUAGAGCGGAAUAGAGCGGACAGAGGACUAACCUGAAACCUUUAUUGCGUGAGGAGAUUGGCCAGAUAUAUGUAAGACAUAUAUCAUAACUUAGUUUAUAUCAUAUAAGUACUUCCUCUUUGGUCUGAGUUAGCCAAGUCUUACUGUAACUGCAUUUUGAGUGCCUUACAAAAACCUUUCGUGUUGUGAGAAAUAAAUCAAAAGAUUGUCGCGACACCUCUCUCUCCCUUGAGAGUAGUUAAUGUCAGUUAUUGGACUAACAUAUAAGCGGGAAAUGGAAAAUCCUUUCCACAUUCAACAUGGGUCUGUUGCACCUUCUGUUAGUUACUUUGCUGCUUCUAAGUCCUGGCAGGGAUUGCUCUGUUCCUAAUCUACUUUAUCAUCUGAUUAAAGAACUCAAAUUUGAACAUGCUCUUUUAAUGGGCAAUUCGGAUUUGAUUUGGCUGGAAGUCUUGUGGAAAGUUCCUGUUCCCAUAAUCCAAAUAGAAGAGCAGCCAAAGGUUAACUAUAGUUUGGGUGAAUAUCAUUCCCACAACUUUCUCACCAUUGCUUUUGUGAAUGAAUCACCGGAAGAAAUACUGGAUGUCUUGUACUUGAAUCUACAAAUGUUAAAUACUCGGAAAAUUCUGUUGGUUCUCAAAGAAAAGAAAAUUCGGGUUUAUUCUCUUUUAGAAUGGUUCUGGAAACAUCAACUGCUCAAUGUUGUGGCUAUUGGCGAGGACUUUGAGGAGUCUUUGAUCCUCUACAGCUACACACCCUUUCCCAUCUUGCAGUUCAUUGAAAGACGUAUGGAAAAUUCUACCAAACUAUUUGAACCACGUUUAUCAAAUCUUCAAGGCUAUAAGUUACCCAUUGCCUUGGGUGGAUCUUCACCACGUUUGAUUGUGUUUCGUGGCUUGGAUGGUAAAUUGAUAUAUUCCGGACCUGUGGGUAACCUAAUGAAAUCCUUCGAGCAACGUUUUAACUGCAAACUAGUUCAGCCAUAUCCCUUCAAUGAGAAAGCCAUUCCGCCAGCUCUUGAACUCAUAAAGGCAGUGAGAAAUGGUAGUGUACAAUUUGCACUGGCAGCUACAUAUGCCUAUAAACCAUUUACUGACUAUUCAUAUCCCAUUGAACUGAUGAGCUGGUGCCUGAUGAUGCCGAUUCCAUCGGAGGUUCCUCACAGUCAGCUGUACAGUAUGGUUUUUAGUCCCAUGGCAUUUUGGAUUACUCUGCUUGUCAUGAUGGUGAUUUCUUUAACCCUAUCCAUCGCACUCCGUCUCCAUGGAUAUCGAGUCACUUUUAGUGAGUUUUUCUUGCAUGACAGCUGCUUGAGAGGAGUGCUAUCCCAGACUUUCUACGAGGUACUUCGAGCUCCUCCUUUGAUAAGGGCUAUAUACCUAGGGAUCUGCGUACUUGGACUACUGAUCACCUCUUGGUACAACUCCUACUUCUCCACUUUUGUGACCAGUGCCCCAAGACUGCCUCCAAUUACCACUUUUGAGAGUAUCAAGAACUCCAACCUUAAGGUGGUCAUGUGGACACCGGAAUACAAAAUGUUGCUUUACCUAUCGGAAAACAUGGAAAAGUAUUCAUCUAUCUUUAAGUUGGAAGAUAACUACAAGGAGUUCUUACAGUUGAGGGAUUCAUUUGACACCAGAUUUGGCUAUGUUAUGCCCAUAGAGAAGUGGGCACUGAUGAAUGAGCAGCAGAAGGUCUUCAGUUCACCAUUGUUUAGUUUGCAAGAGAAUCUCUGUUUCUAUCACACCAUCCCCGUAGUUUUUCCCAUUAUGAAUAAUUCUAUAUUCAGAGAACCUUUGGAGAGCCUCAUUUUGGAUGCGACUGCCACGGGACUGCUAAGUAGAUGGCGUGACAUGACGUUUACGGAACUGAUCAAGGCCGGUCAACUGGCUCUUGUAGAUCGGGGUCAUCCAAAGGCCUUUCGGGCUAUGAAAGUGAAGGAUCUGGAAAAGAUUUGGGUUUGUGGUGGAUUCAUGCUUGGCCUAGCAACAUUUGUUUUUCUUCUGGAAAUAAUUUGCUUCUUUAGGUAUAAAAUGUGCACAAAAAUAAUAAAUAUUUUUAAGCGUAAACAUUAA